CCUGCAGCCUCGAGGCCCAGCAACCCGCGAGACAGCGGGCUGGGUCCCCACACCCACGACUUCGGCGAACUGGAGGCUCCGAUGCACACUGGCGCAGCCAUUAGGGGUCACUGUCUCUGUCAGACGCAAGUGCCCAUGCCGGAAGCAUUACGCGCAAGAAACGUUUGGCGAUACCUCGGCCUCUUCGUCCCCCCCCCCCUUCGUGUCCACCUCACGUUUGGGCCGAACUUUCCCCUCUGUCCGUGCCCGCCAUUUCGUCCAAAAAUGGAACGCAAGUGGAAAUGCAAACCCGGGGAAGCCAACGCGGUUUCCCAAGUGCCAGUUUGCCGUUCCCCCACACCUUCUCUCCCUUGAACGCAAGGUUGUUUGCACUGGCCACACCUCGAUCCUUCCCGCCAAUCUCCGGUGCCGCUCUGGGCCUCUGAGCACAGUAUCCCAUUUGCUAACCUGAACUGUGCCAGCUAGCGAGAUGCCGUUCGCACUGGGAGCCAAAGCCUUGCAAACAAGGGAAGGAGGAGGACAACGACGGGAUUGCUGGCUUCAGACCGAGCUCACCUUCCUACCUCUUCGGUGCCCUCUGGCUUCAAGACCGCUCUUCGAAGGUACCUAGACAUUCACGAAAAAAUCGAUAAAUGAUAAAUAACAGCUCCACAAGCUCUCGUGCCUGUCACGUAU